ACUAUCAAUGUACUUUCAAGGUCGGUGAAGGUGAAGGUCUGCUCUUUGCGUAUUUUGACGCGAAUGACAUGGUUCCUUUCCCCCCUCUCAAGGUUUUAUUUUAGUUACGUCAAAUAUUGUAUAAAGAAGAUAGUCCUACUACAAUAGUUGGUUAAGUGUAAAUGUACUGAAAGUGUGUAACCAUCUUAAUAAAAGCAUAAUGAAACCAACGGAAACGACAGAUUUGGAUGAAAACGUAGCUCGGUGGCUAGAUUGGGAUAAGAACGAGGCGACUCGCGCCGAGCUGAAGGCGCUGGUGGACGCGGGCGACCGGCCGGCGCUGCUGAGGCUGUUCGGAGCACGGCUGGCGUUCGGCACGGCGGGGAUCCGCGGCCGCAUGGGCCCCGGGCCCGGCCGGAUGAACCACCUGGUGAUCGUGCAGACGACGCAGGGCCUGGUGGCGCACCUGCUCGGCGAGUUCCCCCGCCAGCAGGACAGGCAGCGAGGGGUGGUGGUUGGCUACGACGGCCGGCACAACAGCAGGAGUUUUGCCGAGAUAACCGCCUCCAUUAUCCUGAAAGCGGGAGUUCCCGUGUACUUGUUCUCGAGGUUGUGUCCGACACCGUUCGUUCCAUUUGCCAUUCGCCAGCACAACCUCCUGGCAGGCAUCAUGAUCACUGCUUCGCACAACCCCAAAGAGGACAACGGCUACAAAGUGUAUUGGCAAAAUGGGGCUCAGAUCAUCCCGCCGCACGACAAGGGCAUCCAGGGCCAGAUCCUGGGGAACCUGGAGCCGUGGCCGGGGUCCUGGGACACCUCGGCGCUGGGGGCCAGCGACAUGCUGCGAGACCCGCUGCAGGCGGCCCGGGACCAGUACUUCAGGACGCUGGGCGGCUCGGUGCUGGACGCCCGCCUCAACUCCGGCACGUCCCUCAGGUUCACGUACACGGCCAUGCACGGCGUGGGCCACGCCUACAUGGCGGAGGCCUUCAGGAGCUGCUGCUUCCAGCCGUUAGUGACGGUGGAGGAGCAGAAGGACCCCGACCCGGAGUUCCCGACGGUGAAGUUCCCGAACCCGGAGGAGGGCAAGUCCGCCCUGGACCUGUCCAUGAGGACGGCCGACGCCAGCGGCAGCACCGUCAUCAUCGCCAACGACCCGGACGCAGACAGGCUGGCCGUGGCGGAGAAGGACGUGCAGACGGGCGCGUGGCGAGUGUUUUCCGGCAACGAGCUGGGCGCUCUGCUGGGCUGGUGGAGCCUGCACUGCUACACCCGGACGCACCCCGGGGCGCCGCUCCGGGACGUCUACAUGCUGUCCAGCACCGUGUCCUCCAUGAUCCUCGACACCAUGGCCAGGGCGGAGGGAUUCAACUUCAUUGAGACGCUGACGGGCUUCAAGUGGAUGGGGAACGUCGCGGCAGACCUCCUGGCCGCAGGCAAGACGGUGCUGUUUGCGUUCGAGGAGGCCAUCGGGUUCAUGUGGGGGACCAGCGUCCUGGACAAGGACGGCAUCUCGGCCGGGGUGAAGGCGGCGGAAUUGGCUGCGUUCCUGGACUCCCGGGGGCAGACGCUGGGCGGCAAGCUGGCGGACAUCUACGACACCUAUGGGCAUCAUAUCUCUCUCAACUCAUAUUAUUUUUGUCAUGAUCAAGAAGUCAUCAAGAAGUUGUUUAAUCGUUUACGUAACUUCUCAGGAGAGAAAGAUACAUACCCGCGGCACGUCCUGGGCGGGAAGCACGCGGUGACGGCGGUGCGGGACCUCACCACGGGCCACGACUCGUCCCGCGCCGACGGGCGGGCCGUCCUGCCCGUGUCGCGCUCCUCCCAGAUGAUCACCUUCAGCUUCGACAACGGCCUGGUGGCCACGCUGCGCACCAGCGGCACCGAGCCCAAGAUCAAGUACCUCACGGAGCUGCGCGCCGCGCCGGGCCAGAGGAACGUUGCUGAGCUCAAGGAAGUGCUGCACACAAUGGUCGCAGCAAUCGUCGAAGAGUUCCUACAGCCGGAGAAGAACAACCUCAUUCCGAGAGCUGAAUGAACACAGCAGGCAGAAGGAAGCCGUGUGUUGUUCAUUCCGGCUAGUCUGGACUUAGAACCAACAAUCUGACAGGAAUCUGUGUCAUUGACAGCGCAGAAUCCACAUUAAAUGCAACCUGUCCUAACACCUGUUCUGUUGACAACAUGCUACUUUGGCCGGACAGUUUCAAAUGUUAAAGCCCUCUCGACUGAAAACGUUGCAUUUAGAAACAAUUUUAAAACAUUCAGAUUAGCUGGGAUGCACAAUUUGAAACAACAAAUGUUUGAUGCAAGGAUCAACCAGUUGAAUGUGUGUUAUUAAUUUCUCGUAGCGUUUUAUCAUGCCAGUAUUGAAAGUGAAUUCUCAGUCAGUAGUGUUUUUAAUUUGUGUACAAAUAUUUGAUAAAUGUACAAAUUUUAAUUAUAUUUAGUGAAACUGUAAAUUUUUAAACUAGACAUUCAGGCUGCAUAAAAUGUUUAUCUUAAAUUGUUAUUGUUGUAGUGUUACCUUAUACAUGUAAAAUAAAUGCAAUUAAAAUGAUUUAAAUACCUAA